AUGGCCUCAUUGAUGAACGCGACACAAGGCCAAGCUCUUCAAAAUCUAAGCCAACAACAACUUUACGAUAUACUUCAGAAUUUCAGCGAAAAUCAGAAGCGAACGGCUGGUGCUGGUAAGUAAAUUAAAACUGCUAAUAAGGUUUGAUGACGCUUUUGCUUUUUAAAGUUAUUUUUGUUAAUAUAGGGCAAAAAGAUGAGUUUUAAACGUUAGGUAACAAGAAAUAUAUUUUAGUUGCGUUGGCUCAACAACAAGCUGCCCAACAAGCACAGCAACAACAACAGCAACGGGAGCGUGAACUAAAGGAACAGCGUGAACGCGAGCAAAAACAACGAGAACGCGAGCAGCAAUUGAAACGUGAACAACAACUACAGAAUAUGAUGCGAAUGCAACAACAAGCGAAUCAGAAGGCCGCUCAACAAGCUCAGCAUACUCCGACGGCGUCUGCAUCGACCGCGAAUCAAAACCAAACAUUACAGAAUUUUGUAAGAUUUUUAUUUUUUUUUCUACUAUUUUAUUGUUGAUUUUAUAUUGCUUAAAAUUUUUAAACAACAACUUUUUAGAUGAUGUUACUACAACAACAGCAGAACAACCGCCAGCUUCAGCCGAACUCAUUAAUAUCGCAAAUGGGCAAUUCAGCUAACCAAACGCUUCAAUUGCAACAAAUUCAACAAUUUUUAACACCAAAUUCUUUGUCAACUCCGCAAAUGUUUCAGCAAUACCAGCAAGCCCUUCUUAGGCAAUCUCAACAACAAGCUGCUGCGACAACUCGUGCUGAUGAACCCCGCCGUCCAUCUUUAAUGUCAAAUUUGCAACAAACUCCGCAAUCUCAGUUGAAUCUUAAUUUAUGUGAGUUAUUUUUACUUACGAUUAAGUUUUUUUAAAACAUUUAAUUUUGCCUUUGAUUAUUAAGUUUUUUUUUGUAUUUUGCAAUGUCAUAUAGUUUAAUACCUGAAAUUUUAGUAAAUAAUGAGCAAAAACCAUCUAAUCUCGGUUCGAUAACUACCGGUGUACCACUAAGACCAAACACAAAUUAUGGUAUUGGUGUCUCGGCACAAACGGCUACAACGACAACUCUCAAUAAACCAGCUGAACAAAAAGCGAUGACUUCACAACAGCAGGGAUUGGAGGAAAAACGGGAAAAGAAAGAUGUUAGGGACAAAAUUGACAAAACUGAAGCUGAUAUGAAAGUGGUAUGUGUUUUUUCUUAUAGAAAAUUAGAUUUCUUUACCAAAAAUUAUGAGAAAUUAAAUUCAUAAAGUAAUGUUGUAUGUAAAUUGACGUUAGAAUUUUCACAUAACUUUUUAGAUUGACGCCCAAUAUGCGGCCACGAAAAAGAAGCGCGAACAACUUCAAGCUCUGAUCCGAAGCCGCAAGGAAGAGAUGGAGCGUGAACGUGUUGAAGCUGAAGCCGAAGCCCGUGCUGCGGCUGCAAAAGCCGCGGCUAACGCUGAAGCUAUCAGAUCGAGGAUUCCGAUGAUAGAAAAAAUCGAAAGCGAAAACUUGGCUAUCAUAGAAGAAAAGGUUAAGAAGAUGAACUUGGAGAUACCUGUAUGUGUAUUUUCUUGUGAAAUAUUUUUAAAUUUACAGUUAAUGCUAGCCAGAUCAAAUUUUAUUUUUUAAUACAUUUGAACCUCAUUUUUAGUCUUCCGCGCCAUCAUCCAGCUUAACCGCGAUAAAUGAACGUUACAAAGUUAUAAGGCCAUUUCUUAUCGAUCAGUUACGAAGGAAAAACGCGAUGCAAACUAAGAAAAUGAAAGAGCAUGAAGAAGCAUACGAAGCCAAGUAUCAACAAUGGCUAAAACGCGUCGAAAAGGCUGAAAAAGCGCCUAAAAAGGUGGCCAGGGAUCAGAAGAACCGAGAAUUAUUUGAGAAAGUCUUCCCUGAAAUCAAGAAGGAACGUGAAGAUCGGGAGCGAAAUGAACGGCACGAAAGAAUUCAACAAGCGGCUGAAGGGAUAAUUAAGACAAAAGAAGAGGUACGUGUUUACAGUAAUUUACAGUUUGUAAAUUUUUAGCGUCGUAUUUAAAAUUAAAAAUGAUUUUUUUGAUAUUAGUUUUAUUUUUUCGCCUAACGCGAUUUACAAAUUAUUUUUUUAGAAAGUAACAGAGCGUUCAUGCCAAGUACCGCUACUGGCGUUAAAUCGAGAAAAAUUUGCGUUUAUCAACAACAAUAACUUAAUAUCGGACGAUGAGUUGAGCCGCACCAACGAAGCCAUAUCUGAUUUUGUCGAUAGCUGGACGGAAGAUGAGAAAAAAACUUUUAAUGAUAAAAUACGGAUUUUCGGCAAAAAUUUUCACGCUUUGUCACAUUUUUAUUGGACCAAGGUGAGCUUAUCAUAGAGUUUUUACAAUACAUUUGAAACUAAAUUUUUGUCUUUUUUGCUGCUCAUGUGAAGCUGAGAAGUAUAUAGGUUAUGAUAGAAUGUCGAAAGCCAUAUUGUCUUGGAUUUAUAUUUUUUCUUUAUUUGCAAAAACUGUAAACGGAUUAGAAAUUGUGAAAACAUAACAUUGUGUAUAACACGUAUCUUGCCUAGCACCGGCUGUCAUAUACAAUAACUAUUUUUGUUUUUUUAAAGCACGGUUUAAAAGUGCAAGAACUAAGGUUGUGCUUCAAUGUCAUGGGUUAUAGUUAUUUUUAUAUUAAACUUGUGGCUAAAAUUGGGGAUUAGUUAUUAAUUAUCUUUUUGCUCAUUUAGCCAAGUUUUAAAUUAAAAAAUUAUAUAUUUAUUAAAAUUAUUAAAAAUCCAAGCAAUAAAAAAUGGUUUUUAAGACCUUAUUUGUUUUUUAAUACUGUUUUUGUCCGGCACCAAAAAUUGCAAAUAACUUGAUUAUUUGUUGUAAUAAAGUUAAAUUUUAAUGAUGUUACUAAACCAGCUUUAAAUUAUGUGAACUUUGUUUACUAACUUAUGGGCAAAAAUUUCAAACAUCAAUGGCCACAUGUACUCGAACACUUUCUUUUUCUUUUUACUUGUUUUUGUACAAAUAUCGCUUGUACUCGGUUGGUUGUUGAGCUCUUUCUUUUACUUUUAUUCUUGCAAAAUUCAUAUUUUUAUUAGUUUUUGGGACUUUAUUUUAAAACAAUUUUUUUUAUUUUAGACCGCUACAGAUAUGGUCAAGUACUACUACGCGACCAAAUCCGAGAUGAAGUACAAAAACUCGUACCCGAAAAACAAAAAGAAGCCGAAUAAACUGGCCAAACCUAUUCAAAUGCCGGAGUUUAGAGACAUGUUUGAUCAUCUCAUGGAAACUUGUAGUAUGUUUAUGUGACACUUGGGUUUAAAAUAGUAAUUUUUUUUUAUCUAUGGGAGUUAAAAAGUCUUUUAUAUGGAUUUUUAAGAAUAAUAAAAUUGCAGGUAAACCGGACAUUUUCACACACAUUUGUUGUAUUAUUUGCGAUGGUGACAUGAAAAUCUUUAAAACCGUUCCAUCGAUGUCGACCGAGAAGGACAAACUGUACAAAAAGAUCCUGAAGGAACAAGAAUUACGGCAGAAAAUGCCGAUUUGCACGAAAUGUUUUGGGUCCUUCAAAAAGACUGCUAUGUAGGUUUUUUAGAAGCUUUCUCGUGGUAAAAGUUUUUAAAAAACUAUUAGUUUAUGAUUUUCAGGAUCUAAAAUUAGUUUUUGAAUAAAAAAAAUUAUUUUUAUAUUUUUAGUCGUUGUCCAGUCGGUACUUGUCCUGGGGGAAAAAGAAAACAAAAACCAUCAAGAGCACCGCCUACCGAAUUUUACGAUCAACCGUUGGAAACACAGUGCGCGAUUGUGCGCCAAUUACGGUUUCAUCCUGCAACACCAAAAAUUUGCUCAAAUUGUUACAAACGAAUUCAACAGGAAAUUGAAAAUGCAAGUUUUUUUGAAAGUAAUUUUGAGAAAUGUAAAAAUGUAAAUUUGAAUAUUUUUGUUGUUAAAAUUUUAUAACACUGAAAAUUUUAGAUUGAAUCUAAUCCGUACUAUCGGCAAGUGCUACCAGUACCUCUUUCUAAGCGUAAACCGGCUUGGAACAUACAUCGUAUUCACAAGUUGUUUGAUUUAGUCCGAGAAUUGGGUCGCGAAUGGCUUCUAAUCAGUCAGCGGUUGGCCGAACCCCAACAUACUUUCAAGCCAAGUCCACGACAAUGUCGCGCGAUUCACGAACGACUACGCUACUUUUGGCUUUUGAAAGAGCGCCGUAUGAUGCUACAGAAACAGGCUAAGAAAAUCAGCAAACAGUACCGCAGGAUUCGUAGAUCAAAUCGACAUCUGAAGAAGGAGGAAUCUGUAGAAAGCGAUAUUAUCGUGAUAGAGGAGAUCAAACCAAAUAAAUCUGUUGAAAAUGGAAUGGACAGACUGGAUGCGUCAAGUGCUCGUUUGCUUAAAAAUGAAGAUAUAAAGCCAAUUAUUGGAAUAAAACGACCUUUACAAGAGAAUGACAUUGUACCAGAUUCAAUCAAGAGCCAGCUCGAAGCUAGAAUAAAGGGACAUCUCAGUGGUGCAGAUAUGGGUUGUCGAGGACAAACGCCAGUUGAUAUUAACCGUAUGGGUUCUGGUCAAACGGCUGUUGAUAUUACUCACUUAAUGCAGCCGGCUGAAAUGUUUAAUUCUUCUUCAAUCUCUGGAAGUUAUCCUUAUCCUGGUCAAUAUGGUCAUGUUAAAUCUGACACGAAGGAUGCAAAUAUGGAUUCAAAACAAAAUGCCGAAGGCAAAAACUUUAAUAUGAAUAAUAUGUCAACACCGAACAUUAUGCAACAACAUCACAAUCUUAUGGCGGGUUUGGCAUCACAAAACUUGCCUAAAAGUAUGGUUCACAAUAUUCCUCAAAGCCUGGUAAAUCACAGUGUACAAAACUUGGCCCACGGUCAAAAUAUGGCGCAUUCUGCUCACAACUUGGCACAUUCUGCACAAAAUUUGGUCACUUCUUCCGGUCAGCCUAGCCAACUUAGUCCAGUAGGGGCUCAAAAAUCAACGUUGUCUUCAAAACUGGACUUAAACCAACUUUCCAAAGCGAUUCAACAACAUUUUCCUCGCAAUUUACAACUUUCUAACUCACCAAUGGGAUUCAUGUCUGCGCACGGUUUCAACACGUCAACGGAAGAAACAAUAAAACUUUUGUUAUUGCAUUUCAAAAUUCCGGUUACGAGUCCAAAUUGGCGUGAACAACUCGAAGCUUGUCUUCAGAAGUCAACACAACAGGAGCUGGCUUUGCUUCAGUAUAGAAUCAACGGUUUUCGACAGUCCGGCUACGAAGAACCGAAGUGUAUUACUGGUAGGUUUUUUAGAGUUAAAAGGGUUUUUAUUUAUUACUUAUGUGUUUUUUGUAUCCGAGUUUAUGGUGUUGUUUCUUUGUAUAAUAUGUCAUUUUUAGGUAUAGGAAUAAAAUGCCCGGUGAACGGUGUGGUAGCGAUGGCUCAACAACAAGCAUCAACAACUGUUCAAUCGCCUCCGGCUAAGAAAAUGAAAGAAGAUAGACCGGUUGAUGAGAACCGUCCAAACCGAAAAUCUGGACUAGCUACCGCAGUUUUGGAUCAAACUAAACGUCCACAAGCUGCGCAGAACGCGAAACAGUUGGCUCCGCCGAACAACACACAUAGACCAGCCAGUACUCCGUUAGUGGAGGAUUCGGAACGGAAACCACUAAAGCAGGAGUUGGCGAACAUACAACAAGCUAGAACACCUGAUCCUUCUUUGGCCAUGGAAGUUGAUGGUAAGUUUUUGGUAUUUUAUAGAGGCGUACAGGGCCGAACGUAAAGGGGAGAGUAAGGUUUGGUUUUGGAUAAUUAUAAUAUUUAUUUUUCUUGAUUAAUAAUUUAUUUUUUAGUUGAGUUAAAUACUCGAGAUGUACCCAAAAAAGUGUUGUCGUCGACCGGAUUAAGCACGAAGAUCAAGCAGAAUACUACGGAAAACACGGCACCAAUAUACGAAGAACUGAGCGAUUCGGAUUCAGAUCAAAGCCGCCCACCCUCUGCCAACGGCACAUCGCAAGUUGUCAUUGAAAAAAAUAUCAAAGGUAAGGCAAUAUUUAAGUUGUUGUUGAUAGUAGCCAUGAUAUACAAUAAAAAGAGGGCAUAGUGUACUUCUUGCAUUGUAAAAAACUGUUAUCUAGUUUUAUUUGCAGUUUUUUAAAAUUUUUAUAUUUAGAUUGGCCUCCCAUGGUAAACAUGUGGAACUUAGAGCCAGAAGACUUGGAAAAGAUCCGAGCUGUGCGGGUACCAUUAAUAAAAUUGCCGCCUAUAAAAUACCCCGAACCAGGUCAGUUGCCCAGUCCACCAUACGAAGACCUGUCAGACUGA